AUGAAUAAAUAAUAAAAAAAUAGAUCUCUUCCUCCCACAAAAGUUAAUGCUCAUCAUAAACCACAUGAUUUUUAAGAAAUAGAAAAUUGCAAAUAGGCAAUAAAGGAUAUUAUUUAGCACACAGAAUCUGAAAAUAAACCCAAAUAAUCUCAACACAAAUCUGUCGAUAAGACUUAAUAAUAAAAGAAGUAAUUACACUCCACUGUAUAAGAAUACAAUGAAAAUGUAGGGAAAAUGUUCACUUCAACCAAAUAUGGGAUUUAGUAUAUGCAGAAAAAAGUUAUGCAUAAUAUUGAUUAAUUAUGA